AUGGCUUCCGCGCCGGGCACACACGUCAUGGCUUCUAUCGUGCUUGUGGCUGCUUGUUCUUUGACAGCCUUCGCGAAGCCCGUGCAAGUCAACACCGGGACGCCCCUGCUGCAGGACUUCGACGCCCUCGGAACUUGGUAUGAAGGUGUUGCAGCGAUCCCUUCUCAUGGAAACCAGAUAAACGGCACGUCCUCUACACCAGGAAAAGACACUUCCAUUGCGAUUGUCGGCGGAGGCAUCUCCGGCCUGGCCACGGCGCUCAUGCUUGAGAGCGUCGGUCUUCACAACUGGGAGAUCAUCGAGGCCAGCGACCGUGUCGGGGGCCGAUUCAGGACUCGCUAUGUGGGCGGGACCGACGAAUGGGCCGAAAUGGGGCCCAUGAGACUGCCUUACAGUAUCACGUACAAAGACGGCGAAACACUCGAAUACACCGACCAUCGCAUGGUGUGGCAGCUGGCCGACAUACUCAACAACAUGAACGGGAACAACUCGGAGUGGAAGAUCGACUUUAUUCCCUGGAUCCAGCAUCAUCCGAAUGAGCUGCUCGCGCUGGGCACUGGAAGACAUCCGGAUGGAAGCAUCCCGACUCGUGCGGAGAUCGCUGCCAACUCCAGUCUCGGUAAGCCAGCGCCGUUGACAUCCGAAGAGUACAAAAGCACGAAGCAGCAAAUGGACGCCAUCCUCAAGCGGAAGGAGACGCUCAAGUCUAUUCAGCGGAACGUCUGGCGUGCUCACAAGCAAGCCAUGGAAGAUGGACUGGACGAUUGGAGCGAGCAGUCCAUGAUGCGGAACGUCUUCAAAGCCAGCGAAAACGUCACGGAUGCCAUCUGGACAGCAACCGACUACGACGUUUUCUGGGACGAGCUGCAUCACAACUCCAAUCUGGCUCAGGAUGGAGGCGAGAGCGCUCUGGGAGAAACUGAGUGGAAGUGCAUUGACGGCGGAUUCAGCCGGCUCUCCGAUGCCUUCUUGCCGCACGUUCGCGACAGGCUCACUUUGAACCGGAAGGUCAGGAAGCUUGAGACAGUGCAAGGCUCCGAUGGCCGGACUCGCACGCGUCUCUCGUGGUACCCGAGUGUCACCAAUAGGACUUUCGAAUCCAAGGACUACGACUACACGAUCAUGGCUGUUCCAUUUACCAUGACCCGCUUCAUGGACCUGCCAAAAUUCUCUUCUGUUCUUGGCCGAGCCAUCAGUGAAGCCGGCCUUCGGUUCAAGUCAGCUUGCAAGGUUGCCCUGCUCUUCUCGGAGCGUUUCUGGGAGAAGGGAGAACGUCCUAUUUUCGGCGGCUAUUCAACCCCGCCCAGCGCUUCUGUCGGAGCAUUGUACUACCCUGUGUAUGGGAUCAAUGAAACCCGGCCUGGGUUGAUUAUGCACUAUCGUGGUGGAGAUUGGAGUGACCGAUUCACCAGUUUCUCGGACGAGGAGCACGUGCAGACGGUUUUGGACGCGGUCGUGGAUCUUCAUGGAGAGCAAGCAAGAGAACUGUACACGGGAGACUAUGAGAGACUGUGUUGGUUGCAGGAUGAGCACACAGCAACGGCAUGGUGCAGGCCGGACGUUGAGCAGCACAAGCUGUACAUCCCGGCGUAUCAUCAGACUGAGCACAACACGAUUUUCAUUGGCGAGCACACAGCGCCGACUCAUGCAUGGAUUAGUUCAUCGUUGUACUCGUCAGUGCGAGGGUCUGUCCAGCUGCUGCUCGAGCUCGGUUUGAUUGAGGAGGCUAAGGAGCUGAACCAGCGGUGGAUGGGAAGAUGGAUCAAUGUGUAA